AAAAAAUAACUCACCGUUUCGUGGCUGCUUUCAAGCUUGUCAAUCAGUAGUUAAAUACCCUUUCUUUGGUAAUUUCUGAAGGGGAAAUAAUUAUUUCUACCGUUUUACAUUUAGCUCUCCAUGCUUGUUGCUGCUGCUGAUUGUUCUUGGACAUGUUCAAUUUCUGCUUAUUCCCUUUUUAUGUCCUCCGUUUUCUUUCCUUCAUUCAAGCUCUACAAGGGAUCUUACCCCCGUUCUCGUUCUCGUUCUCGGCUACAACCAAAUGGAACAAUCUAACAUCAAAAGGAGAAGUCUGCAUGGCAAAAUCGUGCAUUCAGGAUACGGGGGACUAGGGAAAAUUGCGACAGCCCUAGAGGGAGGGCCGUUGGGAAACAAGCAACUCCAUUCAAUGAAGGCUUGAAGCCUUGAAUCCUGGAAACCCCUUCGACAUGGCCUGCAUAUCCCCUUGGUACUCCCGUUUGCACAAACCCGAACCGUCUGUUCAUUUGCCGUACGCACUCUUGUAUAUAUAUUUGGCGGCUGUUCCCGCCUCCUCGCCGUCUGCAUCAUGCUAUGUCUUGCUCUUCAGCACUCAUCUACAAGUGUGUGCGUUUGGUUGGAUACAUCAUAUAAUGAUUAUCAUGAAUCUCUGACGGCUUAUUUGAUACCCCUUACACUUCUUUUACAUUUACCGAUCUUGAAUCCCCUAUUUUCUACAAUUGUGUCGAUUUACUCUGUGUGCGUGUGUGUGUGUGUGUGUGUGUGUGUGUGUGAGAGAGAGAGAGAGAGAUGUCAGGAAAGCCACAGAGGAAAGGUCGAGGAUCAGCGCGAGUUGACCGCGGUGGUGGUGGAGGUGGCCGCGGGGGCCGGGAUGGGGGUGGGCAAAGACAUCCUAUAUUUGGACAGACUCCUGACACCCCUCGUAAUAGGAGAGAGGGCGUCGCGAGUGGAGACGCCGCCCAAGCAAGCGCCAUAAGUUGUGCUGGGUUCUCCGAUCUGGAAAUCUUCUCGUAACUACUAUUUUCCAUUUCCUACAAGGCGAGUUGACGGGUUAGAGCUAAUGACAUGAAUCACUCCUCAGAUAUCAAAGUCAUGUCCCCCAACCAAAUAGUACGGUUCAGAGCGUCGAAAAUCAUGUCAACACUGCCGUUCUAGCCUUGAGUUCGACAUCCAAGGAGCCCAAACUGCCCCAGCGUCCAACCUUCGGAACUCAAGGGAAUAAAGUCACCCUAUACGCAAACUAUUUCGAGUUGGCCGUGAAGCAGGAUCUUUCUCUCUACCGCUAUAAAAUCAUUCUAGAUCCGGAUGAAAAGGGAAGACUCCCCAUCGGCAGAAAAGCGAAACAGAUCAUCCGCCUGUUCCUGGAUCAGGAGUUUUAUAAGCUCAGCGACAAGAUCGCCAGUGACUUUAAGUCCACCAUCAUCAGCAGCGUGGAACUCGAACCUCUUCAAAAGUUGCCUUAUAUAGUCACGUACCAAGCCGAGGAUGAGCUAGAGCCCGCUCCAAAUGCCAGAAUGUACACUCUCAAAGUUACUCGCACUGGUACUCUGCAAGUUAGUGCACUGGUGGACUACCUUUCUUCUACCAGUGCAAAUGCUGUAUUCGGCGGCAAGGAAGAGGUCAUCCAGGCACUGAACGUCGUUAUGGGAUACUACCCCAAAGACUCAGAACAUAUCGCCAAUGUCGGUACAAACAAGCAUUUCUUUAUAAACCCCCCUGACGUUGAAAAAUGGGACUUGACCGGCGGACUAGAGGUGCUACGGGGAUUCUUUGGCAGCGUCCGUGCAGCCACUGCACGCAUUCUUCUGAACGUUCAAAUCAGCAACGUUGCGGUGUUUGCAGAAGGUCCAUUGCCUCGGGUGAUGAUGAGUUUCUUCCAGAGUUACGGACACAGUAUGGGAAAGCUGGACAGGUUCCUAAAAUCGGUCCGCGUGCAGUUAACGCAUAUGAAAAAAGUUGGUAGUGAUGGGCGCGAAGUCCUACCCAUAAAGACUAUUCUAGGCGUGGCCACUAUUGAUGAUGGCCGCGGAAUGAAAAACAAACCAAGAGUGCAGAGAGUUGGUGCCGGACCGAAGGAUGUGACGUUUUACAAAGAGCCCAAUGCUGAUGAUGAAAUGUUGGGCGCAAAUACUUCUAGUACAGCUGGCGCCUACGUGAGCGUGUUUGAAUUUUUCAGGGACAUUCGCAAAAUUACUCUGGAAAAUCCCGAUCUUCCCGUCGUCAAUAUCGGAAGCCGGGAGCGUCCGAUAUAUUUGCCCCCUGACGUGUGCAUUGUAUUGCCUGGGCAGGCUCCCAAUAUGACUCUAAGCACGACCCAAACCCAGCAGAUGAUCAAGUUUGCGGUCCGCCGCCCUGCGCUAAAUGCGAAGUCGAUAAAUACAAAAGGAGCACAGAUCUUAGGCGCUUCUCAGCCUGCGAACUCCACUUUGGCUGGAUUUGGACUUGCAGUGCAGCCGGGAUUAAUUACAGUGCCUGGACGAGUCUUGCAGGGCCCACAGGUCAGAUAUAAAUCGGUAGGGAGGGAUGCUCGGCCACCCACGAAUCCGAAUUCUGGCAGCUGGAAUUUGCAACGUAAUCAAUUCUCAGUUGCAAAACCCCUGAAGAACUGGGCAUGUCUCUGGAUUCAGAAACGCGAUACUAGUCUACCUUGGCCAGAUGCUGAAACGCUUUCGAGCCAGGCAUUGGAUCCAUUCAUUAGACAGUUAAAACAAUUGGGCAUGACUGUUGACCAACCCCUGAUUCACAUAUGCCCUGACGACUUUGAACGAUCGAUCGAAGAGCAUAUUGCCAGUGUGUUACAAUUUAAACCUUCGCUCCAACUUAUUUUCUUCAUCCUCCCUGUUGUCAGCAGCAUCUACAGCCGCAUCAAGUACCUCUGCGAUGUCAAAUGGGGCGUGCAUAGCAUCUGCGUCGUCGCCGGCAAAUUCGCCAAAGAAAGGAACUGCCACCUCCUCCAAAAUCCCGCCUGGCGGCUCUGGGCCAAACAACCACCCGCCACCCGCCUACCCCGGAAAACAUCCCUCCGUGUACCGCGACGGCGUCUUCAAGAAGGGGCAGUACAAACACCGUCCCUGAACGAAGGAACCUGCCCCCUGCUCCAAAAAGGCCUGCCCGCCUCCCCUAUACCCCGGCGGCAAGCAGGACACCGCAAAGAGGCCUCCCGCGCGCCCUCUCGGAUCAUCAUCCGUCGGCCAAGGCGGCAACAACACGCGGCUUUCUUUGGCCUCCCGCGCCCGCCGCCGCCGACCGCCUCCUUCAACCCGCGCAACGGCACCGUCGUCGACCGCGCCGUCACCGACGCCCGCAACUGGGACUUCUUCCUGCAGGCCCACACCCCGCUGCACGGCACCGCCCGCCCGGGCCACUACUACCCCGUCUACGACGAGAUCUUCCGCUCCAGCGUCGUCAAGCCAUCCCUGGCCAGACUGACGGGUGGCAUCGGGGCGAACGUGGCGGAUGCGGUCGAGGCGCUGACUCAUAAUAUGUGCUAUCUGUUCGGGCGUGCGACGAAGUCGGUGAGCGUGUGUCGCCGGCGUAUUAUGCGGAUCUGGUCUGUACGAGGGCUAGGUGUUAUUUGAGUAGGUUGUUUGAGGCGGGGUCGGCGGCGGGGUCUGUAGCGGCAGGGUCUGUGGCGGUGGGUGGUCGAUAAAGAUAAAGUUUGGAGGUGGGGUUGGCGAAGUUGUCUACGGUUACGCCGCAGGGGGGGGAGGGGGAUGGAGGGAAUGAUCAGCAGGAGGCUAGGGUAAGUGAGGUGAGGAUCCAUGAGUUGGUGAGGGAUUCGAUGUUUUACAUUUAGGAGGGUGGUUUGGGAUGGGUGAAGCUAGGAGGAAUUAUUUUGUUUUGUUUUCUUGGAUGCAUGUGUAUUUUCUUCUAGGUAUAACUAGAUGACUUGUUGUGUUACACGGUGAAUCUCUAACGUUCUACUUUUGUCAGUAUUACCUGCAUUCUAUAGGGAGAAAUUACACUUUAUCACGAAUAUAUCUGUCUGUGGGAAAAGUAAGAUGCGAGAAGUGUUUUGAGGAGGUACAUUGUACAUGUACAUACAAUUGAAGUGACUGGUGGUUUUGGAGCGAGUUAAUUCAAGCUAAAUAAUCAUACAACAGAACCGGAAAUUUUCAAGAAAGGGAAAGAUGGAAAGAGGAAGUCUUGAGAACAAACGGGCAAGAAGGAAGGGAACAAGCGGAUAAACUAAACAUUAUAAAAAACAGGGAGCGGGACAGAAGUAAGAGAUGCAUGUAAAUUCAAAAGGGUUCGAGGAUAGGGUGACAGUUGGUUGGCGGUAAUAAAAGGUGUUUUAUGGUAAACGCACAAGACAGAUGCUUAAUAGAUUAAAAUAAAAACGGAGAUGGACGAUCUUCUCCAAUUCCUUUUGUUUUUUAUAUCCCCCUUUCUUUUUCCUUUGCUCUUCUUUUUGG